AUCGAGAGAUGGCGCUGUUUAUUUUUGCAGCUUGGCGACUUGGUUAGAAACAAACUCCGCAGAUCAGAAAAGGAUAUUUCACUCGUUUUAAUCUCCUAUCUUAGUUUGUAUAAUAUGUAACUUAUGCAGAGGGGUGACCAGGAGAAGGGAUUUGCGAAGGAUCGUUCGUUCACUUUAUACAAGCAGAUUAGACCAUAUCAGAGCUCACUCAACUCAGAAGUUACAGCUCUGUGUUUCUGCAUGACUUUUGCCGAGUCGCUAUCCGUCAUCUGCGGGAGGUCUCUGGAGUAGCAGUCAACGCCGGGCCCGCUGGUAGAGAAGCCCGGGCCCUGCCCUGCUGAAUUAUGUUGAUCAUAUUUUUGCGCCGUUAGAGUCUGCCUCAGAAUCAAAAUGGCCAAAUUCAUCACACCUGUAUCAGAGACAAGAGAAAAUGUACAAAGAUUAAAAGGGGACUACCGUUAUGGACAUUUUGAGGUCAUCCCAAACCUUCCAACCUCAGGUCCUGCCCAAAAUUCUGAAAAGCAUGUCAGGACUUAUUUCAAUAACAAACAAAUAUUCCGAACCAUUUGUGAGUGGUUUGAGGUCUGGAUGCCAUGGCAGAGGCGCAUUGUUCUCUGUGGUACUACAGAUAGGUGUUCUACAUCUCAGCUUGAGUAUCUUGCUACAGCCUUAGAACCAGUGUUUCACAGGGACUUCCAGACCUCCCUGAGAGGGAGCUAUCCAUCACUGACCUCCAGAAAAGUGAUCCACACCAAUGAACAAUGGGAGAGAGCAGUUAAAAUGGCAGAUUCUGAUUUGAGUAUUGUCUACACUAAGAAAGAGAGCCAACCUUUGUCAAACAAAGAGUUACAUUCUGUAAACACAUUUGCUUUAAAAUUUGUCAGUGGUGUCAUUGCUGAAGCAGUUCAGAUAGCUGCAAGAAAGGAUGCAGAAGACAGUUCUGGUGUAGACUCUUAUGAUGACAGUCAGAAAUCAAAGGGCAAAAAAGGACAUCAGAGAAAGCCUUCGCCAAUAGUAGAAGUCCAAGAGACCUCACCCAUUGUAAUUGAGAGUAAUGGAUCUCGUACCUUGAGCCCAACUACUAGUCGGUCACAGCAAAGUGGAUGUUCAUCAUCUUCCAAAGACACUUUGCUGAAAGUUCCAAAGAGUGAAAGGACCAGUUUCUCUGGCACAAAACACAGCACAACUUCCAGUCAAAGAGAUGGCCUUCUGUUUAUAGAGCGGAAGAGUGUUGACACCUCAUCUUUCGUCAACCAAAUUAAUUCUUCCGCUCACCCCCUUGAGUCUUCCUUUUCUGCAAAGCCAUCAGAAAGGCGAAAAACAAAGAAUCGAUCAAUGGCUUAUAAUCAGUAUUUCUGUGGACAGGAGGAUACAGGCUUAGUUGAUCAGCAUCACUUGGAUGCUCUACCACCUCUUGAGGCCAAAAAGGUGUCCACUUUCAACUGGUGUAUGAGUCACAGGGUCACACCUUCUGCAGGGUCAACUGUAGCUGGAUCAGCAGAAAGCCAUAGAAGUAAACUACACAAGCACACCAAGACCUAUCCAACCCCAGGAAGUGCAGCAACCACAACAGACUUCUUUGAUCGCUCAAAGAUACAGAAACUAGGUGCAAUGAAAGGGGUUUUACGUACAGGUCAUAUCAACAAGCCACCCCUAGUUCAAGAUCUGUACAUCCCUGUCCAGAAAACUUUCAAGCCAAGCAAGUGGUGGACACCUAGACCUGUAGUGGUCCCUGCAAAGAAGCAACAACUGAGGGCAGCAUUCAAGGAUCAGUUGGAACAGAUAUGGAUUUGGUUGAAAGAAUGGGAAGACCAUGAGAAAGGGGAUCUUUUAGUUGAACUCAUCAAGAUGUGUGACCAGGAACUUAUCAAGUUCUUUGCUUCCUGCCUCACCAAACGGUUACAUCAGUAUGUGAAUUGGUUAGAGGAUCGUAUGGAUAUCAACAGCCUUCCAGAUAAAGUUCUUCUUCAUAUCUUCUACAUGCUAUCUCCUAAGGACCUACUACAGGUAGAGUUGGUAUGUAGGAGAUGGCGAUUCCUUGUCUCACAAGAAGAGCUCUGGCGCUACCAAUGCUUACUAUUAGGAGCAUCCCAUGGGUCUCCUGAUCUUGUUCAACUGAUUGAGUUCUAUAUGAGUGAGAAUGCUGUAGACUGGAGGGAAGCUUAUUGGAACCUUACUGAUAUUAUGGUACAUCAUGAUGAAGUAGUCCUAGUUGGAUCAAUACCAAAACCUGCUUUGAAGAGGAUGUGGAGGAUGGUAACUGAUAGAAUCUCUGAAUUAAGAAGAAGACAUCUUCAUGAAGACACUGAAUCAGAAUCAUCAGAAUCUACUGUGGUAUCUAAGUCAGACUCUGUUUGUUCAGAAGUAGUCGAGAUAGCAGUCGCUGUUGCCCAUCCAAGACCAAGUAGUGCUCACACAGAAACCUCUUCUGAUAUUGAACGUGAUGAACCUGAUAUGAGGUCUGCUGAAGCCCACACCCCUGUAGAUGAGAUUCUACGUAUGAGAAAGAGGACUACUUCAAGGAAGAGAAGAUCUACCAAGAAGGAGGAUAUUGCAUUAGACAUCAGGCCUGAGUUACAUAGAGCUAAAGAUCUACUGAAUCCAUCAGAAGAAGAUGAUGAAGAGCACAUCCAUUAUGAUGGAAAGAUCAAGCAAAUCAAGAGAGUUCGUCGACUACAGACUGUGUCUUUGGAAGAUCUGGAUGCAUGUUUAGGGAUCUGUCGAAAGGAUACACCAGAGCUGAUUCAAUUGGAGUAG